CAACCCGGACGUUGCCUCAAUCAGUUUGGACCGCAAAACCCGGAAGUGAAGCCUUGUUAGUUUAGAAUCAGUUCCUUUGCGGAAGAAGUGAGGCUGCGGCGAUGAAAGCUGUACUUGCUAGAGGCAUUUUCUAAUCAGAAGUCGCAUAACUGUGAUACCGAUCCAGAGAGGAAGAGUUCAGUCUAGAAUAUCGGGAUUACUGAGAAUGGAGGAUGGAAUGGAGGACAAGAGUCACGUCGCUGAGAGGCUAUUAAAUAUCACUUUGGAGGUCAUCUACCUGAUGACUGGGGAGCAUUAUGUAGUCACAAAGAAGUCUGCUGAGUCUGUGACAUCCAACAGUCACCUAUUUGGGUCAGGAGAGCUGGGCAGGACCCAGAGCCCCAUCACGGUGCCUCCACCUCACUCACUGAUACAUGAGAGAGACAAUGAGCAGAAGAUCCUGGAACUCACCAACAAGAUCAUUCAGCUGCUGACUGGAGAGGUGUAUUCACAAGGACACAGGAAUCUGUACAAGGACCUCGUGGGGGAGAAUCUUGAAGUCCUCAAUCUGCAGGUUACAUCAGAAAACAGAUUUCAUGCCACAAUUUCUUCACCAGCUGAAGAUGUAAGGGAUGUCAAAUGUACCCAGAAAGCAACGUUCUUAAAUGCAAAUACUAAGAAUCCAGAUGAGAACUCAACUAAUCAUGAAGUGGGAGGUCACAGAGAUAAUAUAGAAAAUAUAUUUCCUCAUAUUAGGGUUGAAUCCAGCCCAUGUGGAGUAAAGGAUAUCUGUUCUUCAACAGAUCAGACACAAGUAGAAUAUACAUGUAUUAAAAUUGAGGAAUCAGACUCAUGUGAUGGAGACAACCUCACAGAUACUGAUAAUUAUACACCUACAUAUCAUACACCGUAUUCAUCUACUCAUAUUAAGGAGGAACCCGUCUCAUGUGAUGGAGGAGACCUCACACACCCUGACAAUUAUGGAUCCACAGGUCAUACACAGUAUACAUCUACUCAUAGUAAGGAGGAACCAGCCUUAUGUGAUGGAGGAAACCUCACAGAUACUGGCAUGUAUACACCCAUAGGUCAUACACAGUAUACAUCUACUCAUAUUAAGGAGGAACCAGUCUCAUGUGAUGGAGGAGACCUCACACACACUGACAUGUAUACACCCACAGGUCAUAUACAGUAUACAUCUACUCAUAUUAAGGAGGAACCAGCCUCAUGUGAUGGAGGAGACCUCACACACACUGACAUGUAUACACCCACAGGUCAUACACAGUAUACAUGUACUCAUAUUAAAGAGGAACCAUCCUCAUGUGAUGGAGGAGACCUCACACACACUGACAUGUAUACACCCGCAGGUCAUACACAGUAUACAUCUACUCAUAUUAAGGAGGAUCCAGCCUCAUGUGACGGAGGAAACCCCACAGACACUGACAUGGAUACAUCCACAGAUCAUGCACAGUAUAUAGUUGCUCAUAUUAAGGAGGAAUGUGUCUCAUGUGAUGGAGGAAACCUCACAGACACUGGCUCAAACCCUGUGUCUCUCACCCUAACACCCUCCCCAGUCUCGGACUCCUCUACCCCAUGUGUCUCUCAGCCUCACCCCCCUGUGGCUGUCAACAUCCAUCUUGUGUCUAUCAACAUCUAUCCUCCAGUCUCCAUGCCCCGUCAGCCAGAUAAUACACAGAAUACAUCUAUCGAUGAUAAGGAGGAACCAAUGUCAAGUGAUGAAGGAGACAUCACAGACACUGACCUGUAUACACCCACAAAUCACACGCAGUAUACAUCUACUCAUGCUAAGGAGGAAAACCAGUCAGAAGACCAACAGUUUGUUUGUUUGUAUUGUCUGAGAGUUUUUUCAAGAGCUUCAAAUCUUGUCCGACAUGUGAAUCUCCACAGUAGGGAAAGCCCUUUUGUGUGCACUGACUGUGGGAAAAGCUUUGACGGUAGCAGAAAGCUCUUGAUACACCAGAAGAGUCACAGCGGAGAAAACGCCUGUCCGGACUGUGGGAAAUGUUUUCCAAAGAGCUCAGAGCUAGCCAGACACCUGACAAUCCACUCCGGAGAGCAGCCAUAUUGCUGUUCAAAGUGCGGGGAAAAAUUUAACACGAGCACAGGUCUCAAUAUGCACCAGGGAAUCCAGACUGGGGCUGACUCCUGUUCGGAACAUGGAAAAUGUUCUGUGCAAAGGAGCACUCGGAAUAACCACCUGAGAACUCGUGCGGGUCAGAAACCAUUUUCAUGCAUCCAAUGCGGAAAAUUAUUUGUCAGCUACGCCAAUUACAUUGUCCACCGGAGACUUCAUGCAGGAGAAAAGCCACACCGACUCUCCGAAUGCGGCAAAUGUUGUCGACGUAGGAGCAACCUGAGUAGGCAUCUUGAAACAUCACAGAUGGGAGAAGGAAAUUGCUGACCAAUGUUGUAAAGCAUGAGGGGCCUCCUAACCAAAUUUGGCUGCUGUGUGGGAAGGGGGACCCGACAAUGCGGUACGUCUCCUGCGGCCUUCUGUACUCCUGAUUAUACUAGAUUACAGGAAGUAGAGGAAGCACCACCGUAGCAGCGCGUGUGGCAGCUAUGCAACCCCACCCUCACUUCAGGAGCCCCGACCACCACAGUAGCUUCACCACUGUAAGACGGUCUUCAAACCAUUUCACCUCAAGUUAUCCAGUGCAAAUCUCUUAUGAUACCUGUGGGGAUUUUGCAAAAUGUGGACUGUUUUGAAAACGCCUAUAAUGAAUUUUCAUGUACGUUAUGUAUUUAAAAAAAACCUAAAAAAAAUAAAGACUUUGAUAUUUUUCAGUGA